UUUACCCGGCUCUCAGCUCAGUUUUCCUAUUCUCUGCUGGAAACCAGAUUCUCUCUCUUCAGGGGACAGAUUUUCUUCAAGACAAGAGGUGAGUAAGGGAGACCUCCUAUGUUUCAUUUUCUCUGUAGUACUAGGUUUCUUCAUGGCAGGCACGCAAUCACUGCCUCUCCAAGUUACAAACUUCUUCAGGAUAACCCAUCGGUCUUUAAACUAUCAAGUAUUCUUAGAUUUAUCUCCACAGCCUCAAAUCACCACUCAUUCACGGUUUCAUACCUCAUAAACAAAUUUGGAUUGUCGCCAGAAUCAGGUUCCUUGGCUUCAAAGUAUGUCCAUUUUGAAACCCCUGAAAAACCUGACUCUUUCGUUGCUUUUUUUGAAAAGCAUGGCUUUUCCAAAACCCAAAUCACAAACCUCAUCAAAAGACGGCCAAUGCUGCUUGUAUGUGAUACGGAGAAAACCCUUUUGCCCAAACUAGAGUUUCUUUACUCUGUAGGUUUUUCAAGGCCUGACCUCGCCAAACUAUUGACUAGUCACCCUGCACUUUUGAGAGCUAGUUUAGAGAAACAAAUUAUCCCUUCAUUUAAUUUUCUAAGGAACCUGUUUCAAUCCAAUGACAAGACCAUGAAAGCAAUAAAACGGUUUACGGGUAUUCUUGUUUGUAAUUUUGAGUCCUAUCUGUUUCCAAAUAUGAAUAUUUUGAGAGGAAAUGGAGUCCCUGAAUCAAAUAUUGUUACAAUGCUUCACCGUCAUCCUAGAUCAUUUAUAUGUGAUCCGGCUCGGUUUAAGGAGAUUGUGGAGGAAAUCAAAAGAAUGGGGUUUGAUUCUUCGAGACUGAAGUUUGUUUAUGCGGCUAUUGCAUUGAGAUCAAUGAGCAAAUCCACAUUAGAGAAGAAGUUUGAUGUUUAUAGGAGAUGGGGUUGGUCUGACCAAGAGAUAUUUGAAGCUUUUCAAAAGCAUCCCUCAUGCAUGAGAGUUUCUGAGGUCAAGAUCAUGGCUAUAAUGGAUUUUCUUGUGAAUAAAAUGGGUUUCAAUUCUACUUUUGUUGCCAAACAAUCAAGUAUUCUUAGUCAUAGCUUGGAGAAGAGAAUUGUUCCGAGGGCUCUGUUUGUGCAAGAAUUUUUAUCACAAGGUUUGGUUAAUGACUUAAAAUUGUCUGUAUUAUUUGACACGUCGGAGAAGGUGUUCCUUAGGAUCUUUGUUAACCGUCAUUCCAACGAAGCACCAGAGCUCUUGAAACUAUAUGAAGAAAAACUGAAUAUUUCAAGAAAAAAAAAUGAAAAGUGAGUAAAUAUAGACUACAGCAUUAGUAUUUUGUAGAAUGUGCACAUUAGGACUGAGAAUUAUUUUUGGUGCACUCAGAUUUUCCAUUUCUUGUUACCCUGUUUCAGUUAAUUCUUUUGAUCUGAAACUUGUUUUA